CGCAAAUAAUAAUGUCACUGAAGUGAAGUUUAGAUUCAUUAUCAGAAUACUUCCGAAAUAUCAUUGAAACGCGUGGAGUUGGGAGUUGUAGUUUAUAUCUACCUUUGAAAACAACGGUUACAGCCGUCACUCCGCUCCGAACUUUUAAGGUUGGAGAGUGCACAGAACUAAGGACUACAUUUGGCAGUCCCUUCUUUUUAUGCAGGCAGGGGAGAGGACAGCCCUGCUCUCCCCUACUUCCAGAACCCAGGCCUUCACUAAACAUAAUCCAUGAAAACUUUAGUGGAUCGUCGAAAGCUUGAAGAGCUAUUUAACAGAUAUAAGGAUCCCCAAGAUGAGAAUAAGAUAGGCAUCGAUGGGAUCCAGAAGUUCUGUGAUGACCUGGCUCUGGACCCAGCAAGCAUCUCCAUACUUGUGGUGGCUUGGAAGUUCAGAGCCGCUACUCAGUGUGAGUUCAGCAAGAAGGAGUUCAUUGAAGGCAUGGUGGACCUGGGCUGUGACAGCACAAAGACUCUUAUUGCCAUCCUUCCCAAACUAGAGCAAGAGCUGAAAGAAGCUGGAAAGUUUAAAGACUUCUAUCAGUUUACCUUCAGUUUUGCCAAGAGUCCAGGCCAAAAAAGUUUAGAUCUAGAUAUGGCUAUACCUUAUUGGAAUCUAGUUCUCAGAGACCGAUUUAAGUUCAUGGAUCUUUGGAACCACUUCCUUCUGGAGCACCACAAACGAUCGAUCCCUAAAGACACGUGGAACCUCCUCCUGGACUUUAGCAACAUGAUUGAAGAUGACAUGUCCAACUAUGAUGAGGAAGGGGCCUGGCCUGUUCUCAUUGAUGACUUCGUGGAGUUCGCCCGUCCAAUUGUCACCAGAAAUAAACGCAAAAUGACAUAACGCUUGCCUUUCAUGCAACGGAUAGAGUUUAUUCUUUUUAGAACAAUGUUUUUAACACGAAUGAUUCAAAAACAGGCUAAGCUGGUCUCUAAGACCCUUCGUUUGCAUUUGUAUUAACUCCAUUAGACUGACUAGUAGGAGAAAAAACACUUCUUUCAUGUUUGAACUUUGGAAACGAAAUGUGAACAAUGGAGUUUGCUCUUCACUUAAGCUACCAGUUGAAAAGGGUGUUUUGAACUGCCUUUGUGGAAUCAGAACAGGCUUUUAUAAAACAGGCUAAACCAUUGAUUCAGGAGGCUGUGGCCUCAUGAUGUUGCAGCAGGAGCAGGACGUCAAAAUGUGUGUGUUUGUAAGUUUUGUAAGUCCAGAAGAGUGCCAAGAAUCAAUGAUAAUUAGGAAUUUUUGUUCUUUUUUUUAAUAAAUCAGGGCAGAGAAACCUAAAUCAGGCAAUUUAAUUAAACAUUACCUUUUUUUCUAAAAAUUAAGAUGUUUGGAAAUAACUCACCUUUAUUGAAUGAAAGCACUGUUACAGUUUUUGUUGCAUAUCAUGUUUGAAAAUAGAAUAACCAAGGAACAAUAAGUAAAGCUAGACCAGCAGGUUGACUGUCUUUAUGAAGAUGUGUCACAUUGGAAGUACAAACUGCACUGAUUUAUACUUUUUCAGUUGCCUUCUUCUUUUUAGCUCAAUCUGUACUGUAAAAACUAAAGAGCCAUUCAGUUUACUUGACAGUUUGUUGUACAUUACAGGCAAUACUACUUAAAAUGUUUACACUUGUUGAGGUUGUUGGUUCCUUCAUUUGUGUUUUUUGUGGAACCAUGAGGACUGCUGACGCUGCCAUCUAGGGGCGAUUGAGGAUUACAGCAUGUCUGCUUGUGAUGUAGGCACAUGCUACUAUCAAAGCCCUGUUACUGAAAGCAGUCCAGACAGAAAUACUUUUGACUAUAUUUAGCAUUUACUUGUUGUCAUUGAAGCCUGCUGGAAACAGCGUGUUCACAGCAGUUUUGCAGGAGAGCUCAGGUACUAACCAUCUCUCAUUCACAGUAUUCUUUGUGUUCCUCUCUCCCAUAUUUUCCACUUUCACCAUGUUGUAGUUGGCUGUCAGUGUGAUUUUUCUGUAUGUUUUAGCUAAAAUACACAUUUUUUUCUUCAUCCCCCCUUUGCCAUUAGGUUUGUGUGCAACUUCAUCACUUUUUUAUUGAUGAAAUUCUUAUAAGGUGCCUCUGACUGUUUUUUGUCUGCUGAAUUAUCAAAUAAAAAUUAGUGCACUAUUUAAA